CUGCAGACUGUCAAUGGACUGAAAGCUCGGGAAGGGGGCUGAGGAAAGCGCAAAGAGAAAAGCAAGAAGUGGAAGGAAAUCCUGAAGUUUCCUCACAUCAGCCAGUGUGAAGACCUCCAAAGGACCAUAGACAGAGAUUACUAUAGUCUAUGUGACAAGCAACCAAUUGGGAGACUGCUUUUUCGACAGUUCUGUGAAACCAGGCCUGGGCUGGAGUGCUACAUUCAGUUCCUGGAUUUAGUGGCAGAAUAUGAAGUUAUUCCAGAUGAAAACCUUGUGGCAAAGGGGAGGGAAAUAAUGACCAAGUACCUCACUCCAAAGUCCCCAGUCUUCAUUGCCCAAAUUGGACAGGACCUGGUCUCCCAGACAGAGAAGAAGCUCCUGCAGAGCCCCUGCAAAGAACACUUCUCUGCUUGUGCUCAGUCUGUCCAUGACUACUUGAAAGGAGAUCCUUUCCAUGAGUACCUGAACAGCAUGUAUUUUGACCGCUUUCUGCAGUGGAAAUGGUUAGAAAGACAACCAGUGACCAAAAACACUUUCCGGCAGUACCAAGUGCUGGGCAAAGGGGGCUUUGGAGAGGUCUGUGCCUGCCAGGUUCGGGCCACUGGUAAAAUGUAUGCUUGCAAACGCUUAGAGAAGAAGAGGAUCAAAAAGAGGAAAGGAGAGCCCAUGGCACUCAAUGAAAAGCAGAUUCUUGAGAAGGUCAACAGCCAGUUUGUGGGCAACCUGGCCUAUGCCUAUGAGACGAAAGAUGCGCUAUGCCUGGUUCUGACAAUGAUGAAUGGGGGUGACCUAAAGUUUCACAUCUACAACAUGGGGAAUCCUGGCUUUGAGGAAGAGCGAGCCUUGUUUUAUGUAGCUGAGAUCCUCUGUGGCCUAGAAGACUUACACCAUGAAAACACUGUCUAUAGAGAUCUAAAACCCGAAAUCAUCUUGCUGGAUGAUUAUGGCCACAUCAGGAUUUCAGACCUGGGACCGGCUGUGAAGAUCCCCGAGGGAGACCUUAUCCGUGGCCGAGUAGGCACUGUUGGCUACAUAGCCCCAGAAGUUCUGAACAACCAGCGAUAUGGCCUGAGCCCUGACUACUGGGGCCUGGGCUGCCGAAUCUAUGAGAUGAUCAAGGGCCAGUCACCAUUUCGAGGCAGCAAGGAGAAGGUGAAGCAGAAAGAGGUGAAUCGUCGGGUGCUGGAGACUGAGGAGGUAUAUUCCUCGAAGUUCUCUGAAAAGACCAAGUCCAUCUGCAACAUGCUGCUCACCAAAGACUCGAAGCAGAGGCUGGGCUGCCAGGAGGAGGGGGCUUCGGAGGUCAAGAGGCACCCCUUCUUUGGGAACAAGAACUUUAAGUGCCUGGAGGCUGGGAUGUUGGACCCUCCCUUUGUUCCAGAUACCCGGGCUGUGUACUGCAAGGAUGUACUGGACAUUGAACAGUUCUCCACUGUGAAAGGUGUCAACCUGGACCAUACAGAUGAUGACUUCUACUCGAUGUUCUCCACAGGCUCUGUGCCAAUCCCAUGGCAAAAUGAGAUGAUAGGAACAGAAUGUUUCAAGGAGCUGAAUGUGUUCAGACCUAAAGGUACCCUCUCACCAGACCUGAACAGAAGUCAGCCUCCAGAGCCGCCAAAGAAAGGGCUAUUCCACAGACUUUUCAGGCGUCAGCAUCAAAACAAUUCCCAGAGUUCACCUACUCCUAAGACCAGUUGUAACCACCGCAUAAAUUCAAACCACAUCAAUUCAAACUCCACUGGAAGCAGCUAGUUUCAGCUCUGGCCUUGAAGUCAAAAGUGGAACCAGCUCAGAGCCUUCUACUUGGAAGCAGAACUUGUAGC